AUGGGUGUUCCUGGUUUAUGGAAUAUUAUUGAUGAUUGUGGUUCAGAGGUUGAUUUGAAGUCUCUUGAAGGUUUAAGAUUAGCAAUAGAUGUUUCUAUAUGGAUUUAUCAAUCUGAAGAAACAGUACAAUUUCAAAACUCUGGCUCUGCAAGUCAUUUAAUCUUAUUAAUAAAAAGAAUAUCAAAAUUAUUAUUUUACAAAAUUCGUCCUGUCUUCGUAUUUGAUGGUUCAAAUAUUCCAGAUGUUAAGAGAAAGACAUUAAGUAACAGAAAACUUCAACAAUAUAUAAAUGAAGAACGUAAAAAAACUAAAAUAUUUCAAAAUUUUUUAACAAAACAAAAAUUACCAUCUUCAAGUAAGGGAAAAACUAAUGAUAUUUUUGAACUUUCAUCUUCAUCGACUUUACCUAAAAAGUCUGAUUCUAAUGAUAAAAAAACAAAAAGUAAUGUUUCUUCAAAAGAUGAAGUUAUGGAAUUAAUAAAAAAGAAGGAAGAAUUUAGGAGAAAACGUUUACCAAUAGGUGAGUUAGAAAAAAAUGCUGUUGAAUUUUCUGAGGGACAAUUGGCAAGACUAUUAAAAAGACGUAGAUAUGAAAAAAAAAUAGAAAAUUUGAUUGAUAAUAAAAGUAAAGAAGCAUUUGGUAAAGAUAAUUUAUCAAAAAAUUAUGAUGUUGUAAUUGACCCUAUUUUUGGCAUACAUACUAUAUCAAAACAAAAUAAAUCAUCAGAAGAAGUAGAAAUGAGAACAGACAAACCUAGUUUUUCUAUAACGGCAUUACAAAAUUUUGAUGAAGCAGAAUGUUUGGUAAAAAAACCAUCAAAAAAUGACGAUAAUAAAAUUGGUCAUCAAGAUGAAGGUUUAGAGGAAGAAUCAGAUGAUAGUGAUUGGGAAGAUGUAGUGACUUAUGAGGAUGUUCUAGAUUUUGAAUUAGAUGAGGACUCAAAUUUAUCUACAUAUAAUUAUAAUGAAGAAGAUUCAAAAGAUAUGAUUUCACAUUACACUCCAGUAGUUGAUGAUGUUACAUUAAUUAAUGAAAAAUAUAGUGAAUGGAAACAAAUUCUUGAUGCUCUUGGUCUUCCUUACAUAACAGCAUAUGGGGAAGCUGAGGCAGAAUGUGUUAAUUUAGAAAAAUCAAAAUUAGUUGAUGGAAUUGUCACUGAUGAUUCAGAUGUUUUUUUGUUUGGUUGUCGAAAUGUUUACAAAAAUAUGUUUAGUCGUUCAAAAGAAUUAAAAUGUUUUAAAAUGUCUACAAUAAUAGAUAAAUUAAAGUAUAAUCGAUUUGCAUUUAUUUCAAUGGCAAUGUUUUCCGGUGGUGAUUACAGUGAAGGAUUUUGUGGGAUUGGUAUAAAAAGUGCAGAAAAAAUGGUACAUGAAUUUAGUGAAAAAAAGGAAGUUAUUAACUUAGAUUCUUAUAAUGAUAUUAUUGAUAUAUGUAAUAGAUUUAAGAAAUUUGUAAGAGAAAACGGAUCAAGGCCAGUGGUAUCUCAAAGGAGAAUGACUAUAUUGAAUAAUUUUUAUAAACAUAAAGAAGAAAACUUGAAAUUACUGACAAGUUUUCCAUCAAAUGAUGCUGUUAAAGAAUAUUGUAAUCCUAAAUGUUUACAUUCACUUCCUGAAAAAUUUAUUUGGAGUCGUAUAAAUUAUGUUUUGUUACAGUCGUCAUUUCUUUCUAAAAUUAAUUGGACAAUUGAUGAUUUUCAUAGACAUACAUUCAAUUCAUUUUCAAAAUGGGACGAAUUGAUGUCUUCGGCUAUGUUUCUACGAUGUUCUUUAUAUCCAUUAUAUCUUACUAUAAUAUUAAUAUGUUUUAUUAAAAAUAUUUCAUCAAAUGUUGAUUCUUUAUAUUCUAUAGUAGAUCCAGUAUUACAAUUAGAUGUAACAAAUUUUAAUGAAACAGUAUAUAAUCAAAAAAAACCAAAAGCAUAUUUUGUACAAUUUUAUUCAUCAUGGUGUGGUCAUUGUCAACAUUAUAAACCUACCUGGUUAGAAUUUAGUAGACAUUUAGAAUCAUGGAGAGAUAUAGUUCCAAUGACUGUUGUUAACUGUGCAGAUGAUAAAAAUUCACCUUUAUGUAGAGAACAAUCUAUUGAUGCAUUUCCAACAAUAAAAUAUUUUAAAAUUGGUUCAAAAUCAAAAAAUGAUAGUAUAAUAUUUGAGGGUGAUAAAUAUCAAAUACAAACAAUGACAAAAGAAUUAUCUAAAUUAGUUUAUAAUGAUUGGAAUAAAAAAGAAUAUCCUGAAAAUGCUGGACAUUUUAAUGAUAUAUCUGAUACUAACAUUAAUUUAGAAACAAUAUUUAAAAAUAAUGAUGAAAAUGAGUAUGUUGCUUUUGUUAUUGAAAAAAUACCAACUUCAAUAUCUUAUUCACUUAGCCUUUCUUAUACUUCUGAUCCAAGAAUAAAAAUUUAUUAUUCAACAUUAAAUCAAAAAUUAACUUCAUUUUUAAAACAAAAUAUUAUUGAAUAUAAUUUACCUAAAGUAUUAGUAUAUAAAAAAUCUUCUAACAUUCCUGUUUAUACAUCAGAAGAUAGGGAUGAAAAUAUUUUUAAUAUUGUUGAUAAGAUAAAUGAAAUACUUUCUACAUCUAUUCUUGUAGCACAUCCACCAAAAUUAGCUGUUGAAAUGAAAGAAAAAGAAUUAAUAAAACCUAUUAUUCCAAUACAUUUAGAACAAUUUAAAUUACAAUAUGGUGAUUUACUUUCUGCCAUAAAAUAUAUGUUAUAUACUGAAAUUCCAAGAAGACCAGUUCUUGAUGGUAUUAAACUUCAAAGUUUAAAAAUAUGGAUUCAUAUGUUAAAAAAAUAUGUUCCAGGAACUACUCCAAUAAAAAGAUUUUUCUAUAGACUUGAUGAAUGGUUACAACUUAAACCAAAUGCAAUAACAGCUGAUGAAUGGAUUAUAAAACUUAAUGAACUUCAAGUACAAUUAGGAAAUCCAAUUCCAUAUACAAUAAAUUGGGUAGCAUGUAAAGGUUCCAAAAGUUAUUUCCGUGGUUAUACAUGUGGUUUAUGGUCAUUAAUGCAUACUAUUACUGUUGAAGCAUACCUCUCAUCAAAAGAUGAUCCAAAUUUUAAUCCAAAAAAUGAUGUUUUAGAACCAAUAAAAGGAUUUAUUGUAAAUUAUCUUAGUUGUGAGAUAUGUGCUAAAAAUUUCCAACAUAUGACAGAAAAAAAUAAUCUAGAACUUGUUACAAGACCAGAAGAUGCAGUGAUGUGGCUUUGGAGGGCUCAUAAUAAUGUUAAUCGUCGUUUAAGUGGUGAAGCAAGUGAAGAUCCUAUGUAUCCAAAACGUCAAUUUCCAAAUAAAGAAAUUUGUCCUAACUGUAUUAUAGAUGAAAAAGAGGGAACAUUUGAUGAGGCUAAGACAUUAGAAUAUUUAUUAAAUUAUUAUCAAACAAUUCAUAAGGAUGGUCUUAAUAAUGAACCAGCAUAUAAAUUACUUGAAUUUGAAAAUGGUAAGUUAAUGCAUGAAGAAGAAAAAGUUUUAUCCAUUCCUAUUGAAAUUAAUAAUAAAAGUGUUAAUAUUGAUGAACAAAUUGUAACUAAUGUAGUUAGUAGUAUUAUCAGUGAUACAGAAGAUGAUCUUCAUAGAAAUAAUAUAUCAUCAACAGCAUCAGGAAGAUCAUCAUCAAUUAUAUGGUUAAUAAUUGUUGGUAUUAUGUGUUUAAUUAUUUAUGUAAAAUAUCGUCAAAAUAGAUAUAAAGUUUGGAAAAUAAUUAACAAUUAUAAUAAUGAUUAUAAAAUAUUUGGACGUGAUUCGGCAACAGGAGGAAAAGGAAAAUACGAAGUAUAA